UGUUUUUCCUGUUUACCGGUAUAAAUACAGCAAGUUUUCCUGUUACGAAAACCAGAUAAGUCAUUAUUUCGAUAACCAGUCAAAUAGGCAGAAUUUAUGAUGAACUGCUUAAAAAGCAUCGUUAUAGCUGUUCUGGCAGUUUACUCCAUUUUAGCCAUGUCAGCACGUGCUCAAGUGCAACAGUGUGGCAAGGACGGUAAGGACGGCAAGGACGGUACCAACGGAACGAAUGGCAGAGACGGUAGGGACGGGAGAGACGGCUUGCAGGGUGAGAGAGGCCCGCCAGGACCUAAGGGAGAAAACGGUUCACAGUGUUCUCCGAGAAAUAUUAGACAGUUCACUUGGACGGAUAUCAACGACGGCAAAGAUGACGGUCUGAUUAAGGAGGUGACAUUCUUCAAAGCCGAAAUGUCAACUAUGCUCCGAGUGGCUUUCCACGGUAAUAUCCGCGUCAUGACCCCUGCAGGGCAAACCGAGAGCUGCCGGCGUUACUGGUUAACAUUCAAUAACACCGAAUGUGACAGUCCCGCAUCUAUUGAUACACAGUUCUAUUCUACCCAUCAGUAUAAUAUUCACCGAGAUUCCACCCUUGAAGGUAUCUGCGAGCACUUACGGUCGGGACAAGUUGCGAUUGGUGUACAUGUUGGCCCUUGCAAGAGAGGAGAAAGUCAGUUAGGAGGAGAUGCAUACACUGGCUGGAAUAGUGCUACCAGAAUCAUCGUUGAAGAAAUCUAG